AUGAUUCGGACUUCCCAAAGCUUGGCGGAAGGCGAUGACCGUCUCUUGGUAGCAGUUUGGUCUCCGUCUCUACAAAACGAGGUUGAUGCCGUCGGCAACGGCCGCGCUGCUGCUAGUGCCAGCCUUUGGAGCAGCGCAGACGUUGAGCUUUCGUCAACUUCGAUCGGCGUUCGUACAGGUGUUGUUGUACGCCACUUGCCCGAUCCAGCUACGGGGGACGAUCGUGCCUACCUGAUUUCUUACCCCAGCAGCAACAACGGUGUUGGUAGCAAUAACGGGGGCACGUCAACCGUUACAACUUCUUCCCUAGCGUCUACAACCAAAACCACUACCGACCGUACUAAUCCGCACGUUGCCGUGGCGGAGUUACAGUCAAUUUCGACACGGUAUGGCUCCUACUUGGUUGGAGACGACUAUGUUGUGGGAGACGGAUCUUUGUACACGGCGACUCCAGUGGAUCCGCUCUUUUGGUGUUUGACCGACGACAAUGCAACUGCCAACACUACGACCUCCGGGAACCACUCUGCAGCUCAGUCGCAAUCCUGGCAACCCCUCGAACAGAUUGUGGCCACAACAUUUCCUCCCCACGUAAGCGACCUGGUCAUGGAUAAGGCGCAGUAUCGGCAUGUCUUGGCCAGUAUGAGUCUGGCUAUGGACAGCGCAUCGUCCGAUCCGAACGAAUGCUUUUAUAGAUUCUCCGUCGCCAAGGCACUCGUCUGGUUGACGCGUAAGCAACAAGCCGUAGAGGCGGUGCUGUUACAGCAAGCGGUCAACGAAACGGCCACCUCAAACGCCGCCGCAGCUCUGGCUAAGGAAGCGGUUAACGGCGGUGCCUUUAGCGAUUCCUUCCAGUUGGGAGGCCAGCGCGAUGAGUGUGAUCCGAAGAGAUCCAAAUCACCAGUAGCGGGUUCACUUGAGCCGCCACCAGCCGCACACUUUGACCAGCCUCUGUCACAGACGGGCUCGCCCGAAAACGCCGCAACGACCACGCCGACGUGCGUCAGUACCCUCCAACCGCAGUCUCUAUCGGUGAGUGCACAAAUACAAGCCAAAGAAGAGAGCAUUCAGGUUGUAUGUCAGUAUCUCCGUCCAGUUUGGCAAAGCCGUUUUCUCGAGCAUCUAGAGGUGACCGAGUCGGUGCUCGAAACGACAACCGAACGGCAAAAACGGCGACUCGUAGCCCAACAGGCUAGUAACAACCCGGAUGCUGGCCACUCGGGAGCACCAACAAUGACGCUGCCGACCGUUUCCACGGCCGACUGGAACGAACGUCUCACACAAACCGUAUCGGAAGAUACAAGUGGCAACAUCAACACGAUUUCGACUAAACGAGGGCCGCCUUCGCAAACUAUAGGAGCAAAAAAACUGGCCAAGGUGAACACCAAGGGGAUGAAAAAAAUGAGCGCCUUUUUUGGGGCGGCAGCCAAGAAGAAAUAA